AUGGCGCCAAGUAGCGAGCUGAUUGCGCUCCGACGGCGCCGCUGCCUCGUCUCCGGGUCGAACGAGGAAGAAGUCGAGGAACCGGCCGUCGAGCCGGCGACCCCACGCGACCAGACACGGAGUCCCGGCGGUGGAUGCUGUGCACACCGUGGGCCGGGCGCGGGCCAGGGGAGGGGGGAGAGAAUGGGGAAGGGGAGGGACGAUGAUGCCAGCUCGCGUGCGCUCCGGCAGUUCCGCGGCCGGGCGACGAGCCCGGGGCUGGAAACGGCGCGGCGUGAUUACGGCGGGGGUGAGGGUCGUGCAUAUUCAUCGCGGACUCCCUCCCCGCGAUUGGCCCUGGGGCCCGCGCCGUUUGCCCGCCGCCGCCGUCAUUACCCGCGCACGGGCCGCGUCCGGCGCCGGGGCCAGACCGCGCGGGGCGAGAGGAUACGCCCCGUGCUCGCGGGCUCCGGCCAUCGCCGCGUCACGUCACAGAAGGGGCGCCCCGAGAGUUACGACCUCGGCGACACGAGAGGGCAGGCGUGGUCGUGCCGAACACGAGGGGAGGGCGGUUGGCAGGGGGGAGGGGUUGUGUUAUCAGGUUACCAGCGGCCCGUCAGCGCGGGCGUCGGCGUGAUGGACGGCGCGAGGAGGGCGCGUCUGUCUGGAGCCGUCCGGGCGCUCGGCCCGGGCCUGAGCGGGCGCUUGCUCGUGUGUUGGCAGACCUGCGUGCAGCUGCCGGCGCUGCUCAGCACGGAGCUGGACGUGAAGCUGCCCAAUGGCGACGUGGCGGUGGACAAGCCGGCCCGGGAGGCCGCGGAGAAAACCCCCGCCAGGAAGGAGAAAGGCGCGGAGCUGGACUGCCGCCAGUGGCUGGCGGUGUGCGGUCUGCUCGUGGUCGCCGCGGCGCUGGGCGUCGGCGUCGGCGUGCCGCUGGCGCUGGAGCUGCGCUCGUCGCGGCUGCUGGAGGCCAGGCUGCAGGUGGUGCGCCGCAUCCUGCGCGAGGUGCCGCUCGUCGACGGGCACAACGACCUGCCGUGGAACCUGCGCAAGUUCCUGCACAACCAGCUCAAGGACUUCCCCUUCUCGGAGGACCUGCGCAAGCUGGAGCCGUGGUCCGGCAGCCCGUGGUCGCACACGGACCUGCACCGCCUGCGCCAGGGCAUGGUCGGCGCGCAGUUCUGGUCGGCGUACGUGCCCUGCGGCUCGCAGUACCUGGACUCGGUGCAGCUGACCUUGGAGCAGAUCGACGUGAUCCGCCGCCUGGUCGACAAGUACCCCUCGCAGAUGGUGCUGGCGACCACGGCCGACGGCAUCGAGGAGGCGCACCGGUCCGGGAGGGUGGCGAGCCUGAUCGGCGUGGAGGGCGGUCACUCGCUGGGCAGCAGCCUCGCCGUGCUGCGCAUGUUCUACCAGCUGGGGGCGCGCUACAUGACCCUCACGCACACCUGCAACACGCCUUGGGCAGACUCCUCACUGGCUGAUGAACCAAGCGAGAAUCUGCCGAUGGACUUCGUCCAACAUGGUGGCUUGUCCAGCUUCGGAAAGCUGGUGGUGCAGGAGAUGAACCGGCUGGGCAUGAUGGUGGACCUGUCGCACGUGUCGGCGCAGACCAUGGUGGACGCCCUCGAGAUGACGCGCGCACCCGUCAUCUUCUCGCACUCGUCCGCGCUGGCGCUCUGCAACUCGUCGCGCAACGUGCCCGACCACGUGCUGCGCCAGCUGGCGAUAAACGGCGGUAUCGUGAUGGUGAGCUUCUUCAACCACUUCCUCAGCUGCUCGGACACCGCCACCCUCCAUGACGUCAUUGCACACAUCAACCACAUACGAAACGUGGCGGGGGUGAACCACGUUGGGCUCGGAGCAGGCUACGACGGGAUCAACCUCACUCCGGCGGGGCUGGAGGACGUGUCGCGCUACCCGAUGCUUCUCGCCGAGCUCGCCAGAGACCGCCGGUGGAGCUCCACCGACAUCAAGAAGCUGGCCGGGGCGAACCUCGUACGUGUGUUUCGAGAAGUCGAGAAGGUGCGCGAGGACUCAGCCUCGGUGGGCCCGACCGAGGACUGGAUCUCCAUGGAGGACCUGGACGGCAAGACGUACUGCCGCUACCCGGGCACCUGAGCCCGGCGCGGCGUCCUGGUGGCGACCAGCUGCCCCGGGGACACUGGGGCCCCUGGCGAAGGACCCGCGGUCGGUUCCCCGGGGAAGGACCUCAACGGGAGUCUUCAGUGCACGGACGUGCGACGAAGUGUCGAGACCCCCCCUCCUUGUCCCUACCGCAUCCCCUGUUGACGCAACCCCUUCUCCGCCUCUCCACCCGUCACCCCUGGUCCCCCGACACCCCUCGGUCGCACCUGCGACUGCGCCCUCUCGAAGAACAUGGCGAUUAAUGU